CAUGUACAAGGAUUUGCAGUACUAGCUUAAUGGUGAAAACGACACACGUUUCAUGAAAUUCUUCCCCUGUUUACAUGGUUAGCAUCCACUUAGAGGUGUCAGAGAUCUUACAGGUAUUGAUUAUACUGUCAUACCAAACUCUUCACUGCCUUGAUAAUGCAAACAUUGUCAUGUAUCAGUCAUUGAAAAUUGAAAUAGUUACAGAAGAUUUCAAUAACAGAUGUUGAUAUUGAUUAUACGCUUCUCACCUUCUGUGAUCUUCAUCUCGGCCGGCUAUAAAACCAAAAACCCUUCCAAACUUGGAGUCACUCAUUGCAUCAUCUUCCUAAAGCACUGAGAACACUGAAUAUCAAUAUGUUGCUCAUCACCAUAGCAACUGUGUUUUUGUUCAGCUGUGAUACUGCCCUCGCUAGGACAGAGGAUGUCAACAAGGAUGCUGCCAAUGCACUCUACACUCUGACUGAGAAAUGUAGCUAUUAUAACUGCCCAGAUAAUUGGCCACCACGAUCCCCUGGAAAGUCCUCUUGCUACAUGUACUUCCACAAGGGAAAGAACUGGGCAAGCGCUGAAAAGAGCUGCCGCGACGUGGGCGGGCAACUUGUCAAGUUCGACAACCAGAAUGAGAUAACCGAUGUCGCCAAUUUCCUCAAGUCCUACUACGGCAUCAAAGCCAUCCCUUGGAUGUGGACCGGUCUGAAUGACCGUAGCAGCGAGGGGCGGUACCGAUGGACUGGCUUCGGAGGAGAACUGAGCAGAGGGAGCUCCAUGUGGGCCAAUGGGCAGCCGGACAACCACAGGCCAUGGUGGGCUUGGUGGGAUGAUGAAGAUUGCGUAGAGUUCAACGGGAAACAGCUCAACGACCAAGAUUGUGAUGAGGGACGUGCGUACGUCUGCGAGUUCAUCCCUUAGACCAUGAAACAAAUAUCCCCCCAUUCAACUUUAUCACUAAACAGGAUGGUAGUGAUGCAAUCAUUCCAAAAAUUUAUCUCUGCUUUAUUUGAUAAUAUUACAAGUUAUGUUUAGAAUUAUUAUUGUUAAAAUUAUGUUAUUCUUAUUCCUUGAAAUUUCGAAAACAUGGUCUGAUGCCAACUCUGCUUUUGAAAUAAAUAUUAUUUCCCUUUGAAAUUUAGUCAUCAAUCCUGACAGAUGGAUAGGUGCGUACAUUUAUCAAGUAGCAUAUGACAAUGAAAACAUGAAAUGUAAAUUUUGAUUAAGCAUGUUGAGUACAUGGAUUUAGAUGUUUGUACAAUCACAUUCCAAGAAUGCCUUGUUCACAUGAAAAAAAGCAAAGAAUACCCUUUUGCUCAAGGGUGAUAACAACUUUCAAGUAACCAUCACAUGGAUUUAGAUGUUUGUACAAUCACAUUCCAAGAAUACCUUGUUCACAUGCAAAAAAAUAAAGAAUACCCUUUUGCUCAAGGGUGAUAACAACUUUCAUCAAGAAACUGGCACAUGGUUUGAUCACGGUUAAGUAGACCUGGCGAAAAUUUGAAUGUUAAAACAAAUUUUGAGAACUGUUUGCUGUCCUUGACAUGCAUUGUACAGUAAGUAGGAAAAUAUGGAAUCUUUGAACAUACUAUACUUCUUUU